ACUGGGCACUGCUCCUUCCUCAUUUUGCUGCAGAUUCUAGCCCCAAACAAAACAGGUUGAGCCCUUUUCCUCCUUCAGCCGCUCUGGCUUGCAGCUGCCUUCUUAGCUGCUGCAGACGGCGCCGGCCAGGGAGGGGAGCCUGGGCUAGCCCUGCCGGCACUGGGCACUGGACAGUGCUCCUGGCUCUUGGCCCUCGGACGGCCCUGCCUGGGGCAGGAGAGCGUGCUUUGCUGCAGCAGACGCCCAAGGAUGAUGCCCCAGCUGCAGUUCAAAGAUGCCUUUUGGUGCAGGGACUUCAUGGCCCAUGUGGGCUACGAGGUGCUGCUGCAGCGGCUGCUGGAUGGUAGGAAGAUGUGCAAAGACGUGGAGGACCUGCUGCGGCAGAGGGCCCAAGCGGAGGAGCGAUACGGCAAGGAGCUGGUGCAGAUCGCCCGGAAGGCAGGCGGCCAGACGGAGAUCAACUCCCUGAGGGCCUCCUUUGACUCCCUGAAACAGCAAAUAGAGCAUGUGGGCACCUCGCACAUCCAACUGGCCCUGGCCCUGCGUGAGGAGCUGCGGAGCCUCGAGGAGUUCCGUGAACGGCAGAAGGAGCAGAGGAAGAAGUAUGAGGCUGUCAUGGACCGUGUCCAGAAGAGCAAGCAGUCACUCUACAAGAAGACAAUGGAGUCCAAGAAGACAUAUGAGCAGAAGUGCCGGGACGCGGACGAUGCCGAGCAGGUCUUUGAGCGCAUCAGUGCCAACGGCCAACAGAAGCAGGUGGAGAAGAGCCAGAACAAAGCCAAGCAGUGCAAGGACUUGGCUAUGGAGGCAGAUCGGGUGUACAAGCAGAACAUUGAGCUGCUGGAGAAGGUGCGGGUUGAGUGGGAGCAGGAACACCGGACCACCUGUGAGGCCUUCCAGCUGCAGGAGUCUGACCGGCUGAUCAUCCUGCGCAACGCCCUGUGGGUGCACUGCAACCAGCUCUCCAUGCAGUGCGUCAAGGACGAUGAGCUCUACGAGGAGGUGCGGCUGACGCUGGAAGGCUGCAGUGUAGAUGCCGACAUUGAUGGCUUCAUCCAGGCCAAGAGCACGGGCACCGAGCCCCCAGCCCCAGUGGCCUACAUGAACUACUACGAUCGAGAGGUGGCCCCGUCUGGCAGCCCUAACACACAGACGUCCUGCGGUAUGAUAAAGAGGUUCUCCGGGCUGCUGCAUGCAAGUCCCAAGAUGGCGUCAACCACAGCUCCUGCCGCCUCCAGAGAGACCCCGACCCCCACCCCCGAGAAGAGUGACGCUGUCUACGCUGCCAUUGCAGUGCAGGAUGGGUUGAGAACCCCCACCGCGCCAGCGCAGGACUACAGGGCUCUCUAUGACUACACAGCGCAGUGUACUCUGAAUCUCUUGCACAGAAUCACGACGAGCUGGACAUCUCUGCAGGGGACAUCCUGCAGGUCGUCCUGGAAGGGGAGGACGGCUGGUGGACAGUGGAACGGAAUGGGCAGCGUGGCUUUGUCCCUGGUUCCUACCUGGAGAAGCUUUGAGGAAGGGCAGGAGCUCCCACCUGGACCUCCCCCGCCCGUGGAGCCAGCAGUGCCCCCACCACUGCCCUGGCCUUGCCACGGCCCUAGAACCGAGCCUUCUUGCCCUGGGGACGGAUGCUGGCCACUCCCUAUGGAGUCUCUCCCACAGGGAAUAAAGAAGUGCCUUCUAUUUCUCCUUGGCCCUGUUCUCUUUCUCCUGCUCCAGUGUCCAAGUGCUCAGGUUAGAGGGGGAAAGGAGCCAGGGGAGAUGUCUGGGAGAGAAGAUAGGAGGGCCCCAACACUGCCAGCACAAUAGGCCAGCAGUCAUCCAGGCUGAGCUCCCCCUCCUGCCCGGGGACUGCAGGGCAGUGGCAGGGCUAGGGGUGCAGCUGGAGGGACACAUUGGUGCUCCUCCGCUGGCCAUGAACUAACUGAAGAAACCACUUGUUGAAGGGUCUUAAUUGUCCCCAGUAGACCUUCUUUAUCUGGUUUGUUAAUUCACUUUGAACCUCUGGACCAUCCUCAUCUGGACACAGCUCUGUGCUAGGCCCAGUGAGGACAAGGUCAGUAAAGCCUCAGCCCCUUGCUCUAUUUAAGGAGCUCUUAACCUGGCUGAGGGGACCAAACAGCCCAGAAAGUUACACAACAGUACAGAAAAUGUCCCAGCUGCAGAGCAGGUACAGAGGAUUCUGGGAACAGGUGGCCCUGGACCAGGAGGAAGCUGUGUCAGGAUAGGAGAGGGGAGACUUCAUGCUGCUCCUUCUUGCUUCUGGCAGCUCCACAAUGGGCAUGUGUCAGAGAGAAGUUGAAUGAGGGUCAUCACUGGAAUUCCCCAGAAUUCAGAAGAGACUGUGAGAGAAUCCAAUCUCCUGCAGGAUGCCCUCCCUGGCACUCCUGGGGAACUGAGCCCUGGGCACUCCAGUCUGCUUUGACAUCUCUGGUGACAGGGAGCUCAUCACACCCCAUGGAACCCCGCUGUGGACUUACGGCUUCCCCUACUGGUCCUGGCCCUACCUGGCCAGUCGCCCACCUGACAGUCGGCAUGUGAAGGACGACUCUCUGUGCCCAGGCAAACAGCAGAUGCCACAGGUGGCAAAAAUGAAUCCUUUUGACCAAGCUCUGCCCUAGGGAGAGGACAAGGAAGGAGCCAGGAGAAUGGUCUCUCCAGUCAAAGGGGGCUGCUCCAGUGUUCAGUGCAGACGCUCACCUUCAUCACUUGAGCAACAAAGUGGGUUUGGUUAAGCAAACAUUUGGGGAGGGAAAUUGCCUCCAGCUUGUGGUCUCUCACCCCAGUCUCUGGUGUGUGAGCCUCUCAAGUCUACAAGCUAAUGCAGUGAAAGGGUUGUUUUAUGCCAAAGUGUUAUUCAUGUUGGGGCCCGGAAGAGGUGUUAAGGCCUGAGGCAGGCCCUGGGGGAUGGGUACAGGGGCCCAGGAAGCAGGGUUCCAGAGCUGAGGAUGAGGAUAGCCGCUCGCUGGGUCACCUGUCACCCUUCCCACCAGGUGGGUGUGAAGCCAGAGGGGCAGAAAAGGCUUUGGACCUUUAGGGGGAAAAAUAAUCAGACUGAGGUUUAAAUCCUUCCUGAAACGUCAUUUUCCCUCUUAAAGCGCAUUCAGAGAGAGCUGACCAAACGCCCACAUCUGUCCCAGACUCACCUGAAGUCUAGAAACAAGGUUGUUUGGAGAGGAAAAUGUAACCUGGUGGUUGGACUUACACUUCCUUGAAAGACAGAGAGCAAUCUGUGAAUAAAGACUUGGCUGUAAAAAAGCUUACCUGGGACCAAAGAUACUGUCUGAGACAUGCAUGUCAAGCCCAGCCAGGCCCAGCCAGGUACCAGACUGUCAGGCAACCCCAGAAGUAACUCAACUGAUAUUUUGAUGACUUCUGUGUGACUGGCACUGUAUUUGAUAAGCAGUGGUGCUAAGAUAAACGGGUGCCCUCAAAGAGCUCGCUUAUCCCAAACAGGGUAGGCAGACACUCUGUGUUGUUGUUAGGUGCCGUUAAGUCGAUUCUGACUCAUAGCGACCCUACAGGACAGAGUAGAACUGCCCCAUAGGGUUUCCUAGGCUAAAAUCCUUACAGUAGCAGAUUGCGAGGUCUUUCCUCCUGUGGAGUGGCUGCUGGGUUCAAACUGCCGACCUUUCUAUUAACAGCCAAGGGCUUUACCCCCCUAUAACCCUCUGACACAAGGCAGGCAAGCAACAGUGCACGAGUAGGGCAGGGAGGCCAGGUUCAGGCUGUCCAACACAGAGAUGGCAGUGGCUUGCUUGGGAAGUGGCAACUGGGAAGGAAAGUUGAGCAAUUCUGGAGGAAUGUAGGAAGCAGAAGGACAGGACCUGGUAACUUAUGGGAUGUGAGAGACGGAUGGGGAAGAGUGGAAAGGGAGGAGGUGAGGAGUGACUCUGAGCUGAGCCUUGAAAGAUGGAGAGGCCUUCCCCAGGUGGAGGGUGGGGGGCAGGGGAAUCAGCAGAGACAAAGCCUGAGCAAAGACCCAGAGGUUAGACAGCCUUGGGGCAGGAGCCUGCAAGAUGCAGCUGAGGCGGGGGGUGGGGUGCAGAGCCCAGAAGCAGCAGGACAGCCAAGGAGACUGAACACCGGGUCAGGUUCUGUGUGGGCAGUGAAGAGGAAAGAAAAGAGUAGAAAGCUAGCUAUCAAUGCUUUAUUUAUUCUCUGAAAAUACCUUGUCAUCUUGACUGAGCAUUCCAUUCCACUGCAAAGAUUUUUUUUUAAAAAACCUUUGGCCUAGAUAUUUAUCAUCAUCUCUGACAGGUGCUGCAGUUUCUAGGGCCCUGGAGGAUGAUGGGCAACUAGUGUUAGAUAACAAAGCCUGUGCUCCAGUCAUUCAGGAAGCCAGAAAGGAGAACUGAGAGCAACUGUCAGGUCACAAUUUAUACCAGGGGGAAAAAAAAAAAAAAAACAAC